CGGAAGAUGCAGCGCUUCUUUGGUUUGCUUCCAAGUGGAGAGCUGACCAAUGAGACUCUGGCAGUUAUGAAGAGGCCGCGCUGUGGUCUGUCAGACGUGGAACCAUUUGGAGAGACAAUUCGCUGGAAGAAGAGCACCCUCAGCUACAGGAUCGCUAGCUACAACCUCCCUAUCCCAACCUCGAAGGUUAACAAAGUCUUCAGAGCAGCGUGGAAGCUCUGGUCCAAUGUUGCACCAAUAAAAUUUCGCAAGCGGAGCAGGAAGGAGGCUGAUAUUGUCAUCUCCUUUCACAGUGGCGACCAUGAGGACGGCUCACCUUUUGAUGGCACAGGAGGAAUCCUGGCUCAUGCCUUUCCGCCUGGGUUUGGUAUUGGUGGAGACGUGCACUUUGAUGCCGAUGAAGACUGGAGCCUUAAGUCAAGUCAAGUCAAGUCAAGUUUCAACCUAUUUGCUGUAGCAGUCCAUGAAUUUGGCCAUGCGCUUGGCCUGCCCCACUCAUCUGACCCUGGAGCUAUCAUGUACCCAACAUACAACUUUGCCCCCAAUUAUGAACUUCAGCUCUCCUUCCGCGAUGUGAAAGAUGUCCAACACCUGUAUGGUAUCAGUCCCAAUUUUGCUUCACUAUUCUCAAAACAACCUCCUCCAAGAACACCUGACAAAUGUGAUCCAGAUUUGUCCUUUGAUGCGGUAACAGAAUUACAACAGGAGGUCCUGUUUUUCAAAGAUAGAUUUAUGUGGCGCAAACAUCCACAGUUUGAUGAAAUUGGAAUCACCCUGAGUAGCAGUCUGUGGCAAGACACAGUACCUCCCUACUUGGAUGCUGUCUAUGAGAAUGUGGAGAGGAAUGUUAACGUGUUUUUCAAAGGUCAUCAAUACUGGGUGCUGAGGCAGUUCAAUCUUGAGGAGGGUUUUCCAAGAAACAUCUCAGACUUGGGCUUCCCCUCCAGAAUAAAAUCUGUAGAUGCUGCUCUUCACUUCAGAAAUGAGCAUUACACUGUGUUCUUCACUGGCCAUGAGUGUUGGAGGUACAAUGAGCAGCAGAAGACGUUGGAGGGAUCACCGACACUUAUAGAGCAGCAGUGGCCGGGGAUUCCAACUCCCAUAGAUGCGGCUGUCUUCUAUGAGGGGGUUGUCCACCUCUUUAAGGGAAACAUCCACUACAAAUUCGACUCCAACUCCAAACAUGUCUUGUCCACCGGCCCUGCUAAUGAGCUGCUGGAAUGCAAGAAGAAUGACGACAAUGAAAUACUGACAGGGAGGAGAUAA